GUCAGAAUGGCUCCUCCUCUUCCUCUGAUCUUUCUGCUCAUUAUUCACUGGGUUUCUAGUGCUGGUUGGGGUGUGAGUUACAGUCAUUCAGACAUCUGUGCACUAAAGAACUCAUCGGUGAUAAUGAGCUGCACUUAUACAUACCCUACUGGACAUCAGAUCAUGAAAGCAUUCUGGACCAAAGGCCCCAAACAAGAUGUAAAUCCUCCAGAUCUGUCUGAGGAUCCUGAAUACAGUCAGAGGCUUCAGUAUCUGGGAGACAAACAGCAGAACUGCACCAUCAGACUGAGUCAUGUGACACAGAAAGAUUCACACACGUACUAUUUCAGAUUCAACACUAACAAAUGCAGCAAGAAAUGGACUGGUUAUCCAGGAGUGACUCUUACUGUCACAGAUCUUCAGGUGGAGGCUCCUGAGAGAGUGACAGAGGGUCAUAAUGUCCGUCUGACAUGUAAAAGCAGCUGCACUCUGACUGACAGAGCAACAUUCAUCUGGUACAGAAACUCACAGCCAUUAACUGAGAGAAGAGACGGAAACAAUCAACUCCUGCUGCAGUCAGUCAGAAGAGAGGAUGCAGGCAGAUACAGCUGUGCUCUACAUGGACACAGUUACACAUCAUCCUCUGCUUAUCUUAGAGUUAUGUAUCCUCCACAGCACACAUUUGUAGCAGUGAGUCCAUGUUAUGAAAUAGUGGAGGGUGAUUCAGUGACUCUGAUCUGCAGCAGUGAUUCAAUCCCUCCUGCUCUGAACUUCAGCUGGUAUAAAGGAGGAACAUUUGUAGGAUCUGGAAGAAUAUACAGCAUCUCAAAGAUCAGCUCUGAUCACAGAGGAGAAUACAAGUGCAAGUCCAGAAAUAAAUAUGGAGAGAAAUACUCUGCUGCUGUGACUUUAAACAUCAUGUUUGUUCCAUUGCUCGUGUGGGCAGGAGUCAAGAAAGAGGAAGGAACAUUCUUGUUUGCACAAGUAUUUCAAAAUAAACAGUGUAAACCUUGA